AUGCAAGGCCCAUUCAGGAGCCCCUUGUUCGCAGUCGGCCUGGGGUCUUCUCCAAGGACUGAGGGUCUGGGUGGGAGGCCUGGGGGAGGUGGAGGAGAAGAGAGAGGCAGUGUGUGGGUGUCCGGAGGGAUAAGGACAGUGGGUGUUGCUAAGCUGUGUCUGAGAGGUCGAUGUGAGCUUAGUCCUCCUUGUGUCCGGAACUAUCAGGUGAUCACGGAUGAUCUGCAUCUCAAGGAGGGGGCUGUUGAGAGGAAGAAGCUGUAUUUUUAUAGGCCUCUGCCUGGGGAGUCCUGCCAGCCAAGCAAUGAAGAGACGAUAGAGGCAGAAACACAGAGGGUGAUAGACAGUGACAGAGAUGGUGUGAAACUGACGAGGAUUUUAACGAUCAUUAUUAUUAAAGAAACUAAUUUAUACUCAGCAGCAACAGAUGAGGUUUUCUCCUGUCUGCCCCAGCAAACCUAUGGAGAGGUGAACCAGUUAGGCGGCGUGUUCGUCAAUGGCAGACCCCUACCCAACGCCAUACGGUUAAGAAUAGUGGAGCUGGCUCAGCUUGGGAUCAGACCCUGCGAUAUAAGCCGACAGCUCCGAGUCUCCCAUGGCUGCGUGAGCAAGAUUUUGGCGAGGUACAACGAGACGGGCUCCAUCUUACCCGGUGCUAUUGGAGGGAGCAAACCACGGGUCACGACGCCUAACGUGGUGAAAAAUAUCAGGGAAUACAAACAAAACGACCCCGGGAUCUUUGCCUGGGAGAUCCGGGACAGGCUUUUAGCAGAUGGAGUUUGUGACAAGUACAAUGUCCCGUCGGUUAGCUCUAUCAGCAGGAUUUUACGCAACAAGAUUGGAAAUCUCUCCCAGCCCAACCAAUAUGAGAGCAGUAAGCAAGCUUCCAUGCAGGCCGGGCUCUCGUACAAUCACAUAUACCCUUAUUCCUACUCCAACACCAUGUCGCCCACUGGCACUAAAAUGGGCAGCCCUCCUGGAGUACCUGUGACGGCUGGACAUGUGAGCAUAUCCAGGGCCUGGCCUUCUGCACACACCGUCAGCAACAUCCUCGGUAUACGAGCCUUCAUGGAUCCUGCAGCCAUUGCUGGGGCGGAGGGGUACCCACCAAAAAUGGAGGACUGGAGUAGCGUCAACAGAGCAGCUUUCCCCGCGGCACACACGGUCAACGGGAUUGACAAAUCAGCCAUUGACGCGGACAUAAAAUAUGGACAGCCAUCUUCGACACUGUCCAGUUAUGUGUCGGCGUGCGCUUAUUCCCCCACCAACCAGUACGGGGUGUACAGCGGGCCAGGAGGCGGCUACGUAGCCCCGGGGCACCACCACUGGCAGCCGCAGAGCCCGGCCCUGUCCCACCCAGGCAGCGGGAUGAGCAUGCAUGCAGGGGAGAUCCACUCGCCGAUGGCCUUCAAGCAUCAGGCCCGAGAAGGAGAGAGAAAACCGCCCAGUCCCCUGAGCAAGCAGCAGCAGCAGCAGCAGCAGCAGCAGCAGCAGCAGCAACAUGAAGACUUGAACAGUGUGCAUGGACUCAGUCUCCCUACCUCAUCAUCAUAA